GGUGAACCAAGUUUUCAUCUAUUUGGAUUCAUAAUAUGUGUCGGUGCAACAGCUGCAAGAGCACUCAAGUCAGUGCUUCAGGGGAUUUUGCUGUCUUCUGAAGGGGAGAAGCUGAAUUCCAUGAACCUUCUACUCUAUAUGGCUCCUAUAGCAGUUGUAUUUCUAUUACCGGCGACCCUUAUGAUGGAAGAAAACGUAGUUGGCAUAACAUUGGCACUUGCAAGAGAUGAUAGUAGAAUCAUCUGGCUUUUGCUAUUCAAUUCUGCCCUUGCAUAUUUUGUAAACCUCACCAACUUUCUGGUGACAAAGCACACCAGUGCUCUAACGCUUCAGGUCCUGGGAAAUGCAAAAGGAGCAGUAGCCGUUGUCAUCUCAAUCUUAAUAUUCAGAAACCCGGUGUCAGUUACUGGGAUGCUCGGCUAUGCACUGACAGUUUUUGGGGUCAUACUCUAUAGCGAAGCAAAGAAACGUAGUAAAUGAACAUUGAAAAAUCAUCAACUUGCAACUUCUGGCAUUAAUUGUCUGUUGAAGAAAUAGUUCAACUUUCACGAGGCAAGUCGGAUCAUGCUCUUGCAAUUGGUGUCACGGAUUUUUUUCCUCGAAUUUGUAUCUUUUUCCCCGGAAACCUGGGAAAUCAGACUUCCAUCUGUAUCAGCCAAGAGACAAAAGUAGGUUGAAUAGGAAGUCUUUAAGAAAUUAGUACUUGAUUUGUCUAUCCAUUCUCUCCUGGCAUGGAUAGUAUAGAUAUGUUUUGUUUUUAUUCUUUCAGGAAGAUUGUAAAAUUGGGACUACACAAUAUGUUACCUAUAGUUGUCAAAUUGAUUUAUUAAUGAGAGGAUCUCAAAAUUAGAGAUCUGCAAAUGGCUUCUUUUAUACUA